AUUGCAGUCGUUUUUAAGCGCUCUUCAUAAGGCAUCAGAUUUGACUUCAAAAUGUCUGGACGAGGGAAAGGUGCAAAGUCAAGUAAUAAACUUGGUAAAAAGUCACGGUCUGUUCGUGCUGGUCUUCAGUUCCCUGUUGGGAGAGUUCACAGACUACUGCGUUUGGGAAAUUAUAGUGAACGUGUUGGUGCUGGUGCGCCCGUAUACCUUGCGGCUGUAAUGGAAUACCUGGCUGCGGAGGUGCUUGAACUGGCUGGAAAUGCAGCUCGAGACUACAAGAAGUCGCGAAUCGUUCCAAGACAUUUGCAGCUUGCUAUUCGUAACGACGAGGAGUUGAAUUCAUUACUGGGUAAAGUCACUAUUGCUCAAGGGGGUGUAUUGCCUAACAUUCAAAAUGCACUUCUGCCGAAGAAAUCUGAUGUACCUGCCAAGAAGUCUCAAUCUCAAGAGUAUUGAUGUUAUUUACCUUAAACAGAGUUAAAUAUAUGUAUCCUAUUU